AAUCCCAGAGUAUUGCAUUAGAUGUGUUGAUGGUGCGUCAAUAAGGAGUUUUUUUGUGUUUUUUGUGUGCGUUACCUCAUUGUUUGUCUAACGUUCAGGAAAAACCACCAAGCUCUUGUUAUUACUCCCAGUUUGCAGCCAGGAUGAGGUUAGUCCUGCACACGGUCGUCUGCUGCUGCCUUAUCACCACGGUGCUCCCGCUGAAGGGAGACGAGCUCACGUCCAGCCUGAAAAAGAGGUUUCAAAUAUGGCUGCAGAGCCACGUGAAGCGAGACCUGAGUAGCAGCGCAGCCGCAGCCGCAGCCGCAGCCACAGCCGCUGACCGCCUCCCUGGUGUCCAUGUUGGAGCCCAGCAGGACAAAGAGGCGCCAGCCCCAAGAGCCAAGAGGUCAGCAUCAACCAAAGCAAAUGGCUGCAAACUUGGCACAUGCGUGUACCAAGACCUGAUGCACGAAAUCUACAAGAUUAACAACAAGCCCAAAGACGCCAAGGCUCCUCUCGGCAAGAUCGGGCCUUGUGGCUACGGGCGGCGGCGCCGCGAAGCCGCUCGGCUCCUCUGGAGACACAAACGCACAUGUGCAGUGGUCUGAGACCGGAACAGGACUAAGAGAAUCCUCCAAGGUCUCUGCAGAUGAACAGGUUUCAUUCCACACACUUCAAACAGGAGAGCUGCUCCAUCUGCACAGCCCAGAAGAAGCUCAGGUCGCGGGAUGGGAGACUCCAACCAUAGAAACUGAUUUAUAAGAAUGUUGGUCCUCCAUCAGACAUGAGCCUGGCAGCCUGAACUGGGGACGGAGAAGAGACGUCACAUGACUGGAUCCCAGACGCUCACAGUCAGGAUCCCCUGAGCAAACUGGACCGUAUUUACCCCCAGCACUUAUCUACAUGUACAGUGUAUAUAGCUAAUACAUACAGCUCCUUAUACUCAACAGUAAUAAAAAGACAACAUCUCUGUUAACGUAUGUUAAGUGUGUAAAUCAGUUCCUUGUGUGUAUGUAAGUUAAGGAGGGUGAAACGAGCCAUCAUCUGUUGCCAUGGAAGCGAUGGAAGCUGCAGCUCAGAUGUGAUGGAGCUGAACGGUGCUGUGCUGCCAUCUAGCUUCCCAACAGCAAAUGAAUCCAUUAAAUGGGAAAUGUGCCUCUUGUUUAAAACGCAUAUCUGACAUUUAUCUGCUCCGUAGUUUGAAUGUAAUAAACCCUGAUUUAGCUGAAAUGACUUGAAAAUGUAUUUGGAAGCCUGAGUUGUGUACUGAGGAACCCUCAGUCCUGGCUUUAAUGGCUCCAAUGUUGAAUGAGUGAAUGCAAAAAUAAAAAGAAUAUGAAGUUUUGUGAA